AUGGCCGCGUUUACCAUCCAAAGUCGACGGGUACGGCGUUGGUCCACGCGCCUUCGCCACUGCAGUUUUUCCGAAGGCGCGUGGUUUAACCUUGGCCAGUCGCCGUUCCAAUAUCAACCGCCGCGGGGGUAUAUCAGCGUGCUAGAGUCGGUGAAUGCGACGUCGUCGAAGGAAGGAGUGCCGUUGCCUCGAGUCGACGUGUACUCGCACCGCCACAACUGA